UGCGCCCGCGGCCAUGGUCCCCGCGGCGGCGCCGGGCGCUUGAGCCCCGGAACGCGAGCACUGGAGGCGGGCGGCCGGCGGUGCGGGCGCAACGGAGAGGCCGCCUGAAGGUGAGCGCCGUGGGCUAUGGGAUGGAUGAGGUGGGACAGGACCAGCAUGAGGCCCGACUCAAGGAGCUGUUCGACAGUUUUGACACCACGGGCACCGGGUCCCUGGGGCAGGAAGAACUCACCGACCUUUGCCACAUGUUGAGCUUGGAGGAGGUGGCCCCUGUGCUCCAGGAGACGCUGCUUCAGGACAACCUCUUGGGCAGGGUACAUUUUGACCAAUUUAAAGAAGCAUUAAUACUGAUCUUGUCUAGAACUCUGUCAAAUGAAGAGCACUUUCAAGAACCAGACUGCUCACUAGAAGCUCAGCCCAAAUAUGUUAAAGGUGGCAAGCGUUACGGACGAAGAUCCUUACCUGAGUUUCAAGAAUCCGUGGAAGAGUUUGCGGAGAUCGAGCCCCUGGAUGGAGAAGCUCGGCCCUCACAUACCCCCGCCGGGGACCGCAACGAGCACUGGAAGACACAACGCAGUGAGGAGUAUGAAGCAGAAGGUCAGUUAAGAUUUUGGAACCCAGAUGACCUGAAUGCCUCACAAAGUGGGUCUUCCGCUCCCCAAGACUGGAUAGAAGAGAAACUACAGGAGGUUUGUGAAGACUUGGGGAUCACCCGUGAUGGUCACCUGAACCGAAAGAAGCUGGUCUCCAUCUGUGAGCAGUACGGUCUGCAGAAUGUGGAUGGAGAGAUGCUUGAGGAAGUCUUCCAUAAUCUUGAUCCUGAUGGUACAAUGAGUGUAGAAGAUUUUUUCUAUGGCCUAUUCAAAAAUGGAAAAUCCCUCACACCAUCAGCGUCUACUCCCUACAGACAGUUGAAAAGGCACCUCUCCAUGCAGUCCUUCGAUGAGAGUGGCCGACGCACCACAACCCCAUCGGUGAUGACAAGUACCAUUGGGUUUCGGGUCUUCUCCUGCCUGGACGAUGGGAUGGGCUAUGCAUCGGUGGAGAAGAUACUCGACUCCUGGCAGGAAGAGGGCAUUGAGAACAGCCAGGAGAUCCUUAAGGCCUUGGAUUUUAGCCUUGAUGGAAAUGUCAACCUGACAGAAUUGACACUGGCUCUUGAAAAUGAACUUCUGGUCACCAAAAAUGGUAUCCACCAGGCAGCUCUGGCCAGCUUUAAGGCUGAGAUCCGGCAUUUGCUGGAGCGGGUUGACCAAGUGGUCAGAGAAAAGGAGAAGCUACGGUCAGAUCUGGACAAGGCUGAGAAGCUCAAGACUCUUAUGGCUUCAGAGGUGGACGAUCACCACGCAGCCAUAGAGCGGCGGAAUGAGUACAACCUCAGGAAACUGGAUGAAGAGUAUAAGGAACGGAUAGCGGCCUUAAAGAAUGAACUCCGGAAGGAGAGAGAACAGAUCCUGCAGCAGGUGGGCAAGCAGCGUUUGGAACUUGAGCAGGAAAUCGAAAAGGCAAAAACAGAAGAGAACUACAUCCGGGACCGCCUUGCUCUCUCUUUAAAGGAGAACAGUCGCCUAGAAAAUGAGCUUCUGGAAAAUGCAGAAAAGUUGGCAGAGUAUGAGAAUCUGACAAACAAACUCCAGCGAAAUUUGGAAAACCUGCUAGCCGAAAAGUUUGGUGACCUUGAUCCCAGCAGUGCUGAAUUCUUUCUGCAAGAGGAGAGGCUGACCCAGAUGAGAAACGAAUAUGAGCAGCAGUGCAGGGUAUUACAAGACCAAGUGGAUGAACUCCAGUCUGAGCUGGAAGAAUUUCGUACACAAGGCAAAGUGGUGAGACUUCCCUUGAAGAACUCACUGUCCGAAGAACUUGAUGCUAAUGGGGGUUGCAUUGAGCCUGACCAGGGGCUCAGUUCUGAAGAAUGCAACCCAUUGAACAUGAGCAUCGAGGCGGAGCUGGUCAUUGAACAGAUGAAAGAACAACAUCACAGGGACUUGUGUCACUUGAGACUGGAGCUUGAAGAUAAAGUGCACCAUUAUGAAAAGCAGCUAGAUGAAACCAAGGUCGCCUAUGAAAAGGAGCAAGAGAACAUGAAGCAAAAGUAUGAGAAUGAAGUGCAUGUCUUGGAAAAACAAAUAAGUGACCUUAAAAGUGAACUAGCAGAACUUCAGGGUCAGGCAGUGGUGCUCAAGGAGGCACAAGAUACAACUAUCUGCAGACACGAGGACGAGAAAAAACAACUGCAAAGAAAAUGGGAGGAGGAAAAGACUCACCUGCAGGAGAAGCUGAGAUUGGAACAUGAGUUGGAACUCAAGGCUCACCUGGAGCAGGCAGAGGAAAGCUUUAACCGAGAGAGAGAAGGACUCAUUCAAAAUGGCGCCUGGACAGAAGAGAAGGUGAGAGGCUUGACUCAGGAAUUAGAGCAGUUUCACCAGGAGCAGCUUAAAAGCCUGAUGGAGAAGCACACUCUUGAGAAAGAGGAGUUGCGAAAAGAGCUCUUGGAGAAACACCAAAGGGAACUUCAAGAGGGAAGGGAAAAAAUGGAGACUGAGUGUAAUAGAAGAACCUGUCAGAUAGAAGCCCAGUUUCAGGCUGAUUGUCAGAAAGUCACUGAGAGAUGUGAGAAUGCUCUGCGGAGCCUGGAGGGGCGCUACUGCCAACAGCUGAAGGAGCUCCUGGAGCAACAGCGUGAGGAGAGAUCCCAGUGGGAGUUUGAGAAGGACGAGCUCACCCAGGAGUGCGCAGAAGCCCAGGAGCAGCUGAAGGAGACUCUCCAAAGAGAGAAAGCAACCUCUCUGGUCCUCACCCAGGAGAGAGAGAUGCUGGAGAAAACCUACAAAGAACAUUUGAAUAGUAUGGUUGUUGAGAGGGAGCAGCUUCUCAAAGACCUGGAAGAUCUAAGAAACGUGUCAGCGAGUCAGCAGAGCCUCCUGUCCGACCAGAUCCUUGAGCUGAAGAGCAGUCGGGAAAGGGAGCUGAGGGAUGGCGAGCUGGUCCCGGGCCGGGCGGGGGCCUCAGAGCCCCUGGCCAGACAGCAGCUGGAGAAGCUCGCCACGGAACGGGACCGGGAGCGGCAAGAAAUGGCGUCCAAGCUUCAGGCCAUGGAGAGUGUUCACAGAGUGACCUGUGAAAAAGCAGACCGAGAGAGGGCGGAGAUGAGCACCGAAAUCUCCAGGCUUCAGAAAAAAAUUAAGGAAAUGCAGCAGGUGGCCCGUCUUUCAUCCAGGAGAGAGUCUGGCCCGCAGGCAGCAGGAGGGGAGGAGGCGGACGGAGGUGGAACCAUGUCCCUGCUCCAGCAAGGAAAGCAGCUGUUGGAAGAGAAUGGAGAUGUCCUCUUAAGCCUGCAGAGAGCUCACGAGCGAGCGGUAAAGGAAAAUGUGAAAAUGGCUGCGGAAAUUUCGAGGUUGCGACAGAAGCUGCAAACAUUAGAGCCGGGGUCGGUAACGUCCUCUUGUUCAGAGGAGCCAGCAACUGGCUUAUUUGGAAACUCUGUGGAACGAACAGAGCCCUUCUUGCUGCAAAACCAGAUGAAAGAGGUGGAAGGUGUAAGCCCACAGUGCGUCCUCAGUGACCUCCCGGACGAUGAGACCCAGGAUCUGGGCAGUCCAGGGACAAGCUCUGCUCAGAGACAAGAGGUCAAGAUGCAGGAGUCUGAGGCAUCGAUGGGGAGCUUUUCCGAGCUGGAAAACAGCGAAGGGACCAGGACUGAGACAUGGGACCUGCAGAAUCAGAUUUGUCAGCUUAAGGAACAACUGACGAUCCUACGUGCAGACUGCAGUCGAGCCUCCGAAAAGAAACAGGACCUGCUCUUUGAUGUUAGCGUGCUGAAGAAGAAACUGAAAAUGCUUGAGCGAAUCCCCGAGGCUUCCCCCAAGUAUAAGCUGUUGUAUGAAGACGCCAGCAGGGAAAAUGACUGCCUCCAGGAGGAGCUGCGAGUGACCGAGCUGCGCUACGAUGAAGCCCUAGAGAGCAACAAAGAACUCACUUCGGAAGUGUUCAAACUGCAGGACGAGCUCCAGAAGGCGGCCGAGGUGACAGACGCGUUCCUUAGCCUGGAGAAGAGCUACGAGGAGGUCAAAAGAGAAAACCAGGAGCUGCAUGUUCUGGUGUUAAGACUUCGGGCCAAGCUAGAGAAGCUGCAGGCUGGCGCCGGGCUGAAGCGGGACUGCAUCUCCUCCCGGGAGGCCCCCUUUGCCAUCCUGGGAGCCCCGCCGGAUGAGAAGGUACUUGAACUCCAUCAGAACCCAGAAGAGCGUGUGGCGAAGGUAACGGACAUGCACCAUGUUAUAGAGGAACAUUAUCAAGAAAACCAGUACCUCGAGCAGGAGAACACACAGCUCCUGGAAAGAGUUCAGGCCCGUGAGAUCUCCUGGCUGCGCAGAACGAUCCGGACACGUCAAGAAAGGCCCCGCGUCCAGAGCCCGGUUAUAUCGGAGGAGGAGGACGCCACUCUUCUAGGCCUUCAAGACAGACACCUGCAGCGUCAGGCCACGCUAGCAGAGUUAGAACUGGAGAAGGAGAAGCUGCAGGAGCUGACCAGGAAGUUGAGGGAGCGAGUCACUGCUGUAGUUAGGCAGAAGGACACACCUUGCCAAGGAGAAAACGAGGAAGAGCUAAAGGCCAUGAUGCACGACUUGCAAAGCACGUGCAGUGAGAUGCAACAGAAAGUUGAACUUCUGAGAUAUGAAUCUGAGAAGCUUCAAGAAGAAAAUUCUAUUUUGAGAAAUGAAAUUACUACUUUGAAUGAAGAAGAUAGCAAUUCUAACCUGAAAUUAGGGAAAUUAAAUGGAUCUCAGGAAGAAAUGUGGCAAAAAAUAGAAACUGUAAAACAGGAAAAAGCUGCAGUUCAGAAGAUGGUCGAAAGUUUAAAGAAACAGAUUUCAGAAUUAAAAACCAAAAACCAAGAGUUGGAUUUGGAAAAUUCUGAACUUAGCCAAAAGAACUCUCAGAAUGAGAAAGAACUGCAGGAACUUCAUGAGCGUCUGGCAGAAAUGCUGUGCCCGGAGGAAGAAGAGCCGGGACCUGGUGCAUCUGAGGAGUGGAAACAACGAGAGUCUCACCUAAAGGAAGAACUGGAACAAUGUAGAGCCCAGUCCUCUACUUUAGUGUCUUCUCUGGAGGCAGAACUUUCUGAAGUUAAAAUACAGACUCAUAUCGUGGAACAGGAAAACCUCCUUCUCAAAGAUGAACUGGAGCAAAUGAAACAACUGCACAGAUGUCCUGAUCUCUCCGACUUCCAGCAAAAACUUUCUAGUGUUUUAAGCUACAAUGAAAAACUGCUGAAAGAAAAGGAAGCUCUGAGUGAAGAAUUAAAUAGCUGUGUGGAUAAGUUGGCAAAAUCAAGUCUUUUAGAGCAUAGAAUUGCUACUAUGAAGCAAGAACAGAAGUCUUGGGAACACCAGAGUGAAACCUUAAAGUCCCAACUCGUGGCUUCACAGGAAAAGGUUCAGAGUUUAGAAGACACGCUGCAGAAUGUAAACUUGCAAAUGUCACUGAUUAAAUCUGACCUACGAGUGACUCAGCAGGAAAAGGAGGCUUUAAAACAAGAAGUGAUGUCUUUAUAUAAGCAACUUCAGAAUGCUGGUGACAAGAACCGGGCCCCAGAAACAGCCGCCCAUCCACCAGGAUUCCACACGCAGCAGCCAAAGCUGACUUGGGACAAGAUGGAUCAUCUGAUAAAGGAGGAACAACAGCUACUUCAGCAGGAGAACGAGAGACUCCAAACCGUGGUGCGGAACACCAGAGCUGAACUCACGCACUCCAGGGACAAGGUCCGUCAGCUGGAAUCCAACCUUCUUCCCCCCAAGCACCAAAAACAUCUAAACCCAUCAGGUACUGUGAAGCCCACAGAGCAAGAGAAGUUGAGCUUAAAGAGAGAGUGUGAACAGUUUCAAAAGGAACAAUCUCCUACUAAUAAGAAGCAGGUCAGUCAGAUGAAUUCCCUUGAAAGAGAACUAGAAACAAUUCAUUUGGAAAAUGAAGGCCUGAAAAAGAAACAAGUAAAACUGGACGAGCAGCUAAUGGAGAAGCAGCACCUGAGGUCCACUGUGACGCUUAGCCCGUCCCCUCACGCCUGGGAACUCCAGCUGCGCCAGCAGCAAGCCUGUCCAGUGGUGCCCAGGGAGCAGUUUCUGCAGCUUCAACACCAGCUACUGCAGGCAGAGAGGAUAAACCAGUGCCUGCAGGAGGAACUUGAAAAUAGGACCUCCGAAACCAACACACCACAGGGAAGCCAGGAGCAACUGGUAACGGUCAUGGAGGAACGAAUGAUGGAAGUUGAACAGAAACUGAAACUGGUGAAAAGGCUUCUUCAGGAGAAAGUGAAUCAGCUCAAAGAACAACUCUGCAAGAAUACUAAAGCAGAUACAGUGGUGAAGGACUUGUAUGUUGAAAAUGCCCAGUUGUUGAGAGCUCUGGAAAUGACUGAACAGCGACAAAAAACAGCAGAGAAGAAAAAUUACCUCCUAGAAGAGAAGAUUGCCAGCCUCAGUAAUAUAGUCAGGAAUCUGGCACCAGCACCACUGACUUCUACGCCUCCAUUGAGGUCAUAGCCAAGCCAAAGGAUACACUCAUUUUUGUGCACUUGACUAAAAUGGAUGGAACAUUUCAGUAGGUUCUUUCAACCUUUUUUUUUUUUUUAAACCUUUAAUGGUUUAAAGUUAAGCUCAACCUAAAACUGCCAGCAACAGACCUAGAGACUCCAUUUAGUAUAAUUAGUUUUCCUAAAGAGACUAAAUCAUUCCCAAGUUUUGAAUUAAAAAAAAAAAAUCCUAAUAGCCACCAGAACAGUAGAUAUAAGAACACAACACAAAGAGUCUUAAAACCCCAGUUUUGAAUGAGUUUAAAAAAAAAAACAAAACAACUAUGUACAAUGCUAUGUGUCAAUCCAGAUAUUUAAUGUUUGAGAUCUGAUGACUUUUAAUCUUUAUUUACAAAAAAAAAUGUAUUCUUACACAUUCAAAUAUGGAAAAGUCAUUCUGUUUCCAAUAAUUUUGGUUCUUUGGUAACAGACCCUGGGCUCAAUAACCACAGAGGUCAGAAAAGCCAGAGUCCGUAGUACUCUAUCUUCUAACACGUGUGACAGUAUUACAGCUCUCGAUGUAUAAUAGAUGUGAAACUGAUUUUUUCAGCUGCACUGUUAACUAGUGUUAAAACUGUACUUCCUUUAAACAUUUUUUUUCCUUCUUAGAAAUUUCAUUUGGGGAGCUUAUCUUCUAAAAAAUGGAUAAAGCCACAUUCUUAAAGCAUUUGAACUAUAGGGAAAGCAGGGAACAAAUCACUUUGGAGUAAACAUCUGCUCUUAGAAGGGAGAUAAGUAAACCAGGUAGGUUUCUCUCUCAACUCUUGGAGUUCAUGAACUUACUUUUAGGGUUGCUUCAAGAACUCAGGGAACAAUACUUUGAAUGGUCUUCCUGAAACACUGUAGGGCCUCUUUAAGAAUUUGAAAUGCAUAAACCAUGUGACCUUAUUUAGAGCUAUACUAUGAUUUUUAUUUCUACAUUUUUGGUGAAUUUACUCUUCUGAAAAUCCUUGAUUUUAGAAUUAAAAACUUAUGGAAGAGUUACUUGCUUGUUUAACAUAGAAGAAUAGGAAGCAUGGAAAUUUUAACCUAACACUUCAAUUCUGAUCAUAAGAAUUUCUUACUUUGGGGACGCCUGGGUGGCUUGGUUCAGUCUGUUAGGCAUCUGCCUUUGGCUCGGGUCCUGGGAUGAAGUCCCACAUGGGGCUCACUGCUCAAUAGGGAGUUUCCUUCUCCCUCUGAACCUACCCCUUCUCAUGCUCGUGCGCGUGGGCUCUCUCUCUUUCUCUCUCUCUGAAAUAAAUAAGAUCUUCAAAAAAAAAAAAGGAAUUUCUUACCCCAAUAAGCACUGGCAUGCCGUCUGAGGUAAAAGAGUGCCAAGUGGGAUUUUCCAUUCAGUUCUCAAGACUGGAACUUUAUAGAGCAGUCAACAUUUUUACGAUGGGUAAUCAUUUUCCCCCAAAUCAAAUCUUUGCUUCUUAGCCUACUUCAUCUGGUCAGCCAUGGGUGGAGGACUUAUGUUUAGGACACUAACAAAGCUCAGUAUAGUCACCUAUUUGUUUUUGUGGAACAGCAAUUAGAUAAGAAAUAUUCAAUCUGAUGUAUUUCUAGAAGGCCAAGACCAUCGAUUUAUAAGACAGGUAACAGCAAAGUCACACACAGCGUUAUGGGCAGGAACAAAAGAUUCAAGAACGCUGCCUAAGAAAUCAUAUGAUGUUUCAAAAUCUCAACAAAAUAAUUUGCAUCAAGCAACUUUCAGGUUCCUCAUGGCCUAACCAUUUAUUGGUCCCUCCUGACAAGCUUAGGGCCAACACAAGUACUUACUACAAGAGCUCUUACAAGGCAUUGCAGUUUUGUGGGACUGGAAUUCACACUCAUGAAACAAACCUUUUCAGGUCUGGAAAGCUCUUACUAUCAGAAAGUCCUAAUUUCCCCCUGGAAAAAUAAUUAAUUUUAAUCCUUCCCUGUAAUUACUCUUCAAAACAUGUCACAUCUGCUACUAUCCCUUCCCUCAUCUUUCUUCCCAGUGCAAACAGUACUUGUAAACCCAACUACUUGUAUGGCAUUGGCUUUUUAACAGAGAAUCUUUUUCACUUAAAACUGUGGAUAGACCUAGGCAACUAAGGUCAUAAAUAAACUAUGCAUUUAUGUGAUAUGCUUCGAGUUACUCAAGGUUAUCACUGUCAAAACUGAACACCAAGCAGACUGCUCAAAUAACUGGCUUUAGCAUGUAAUCACAUGUAUUAUAUUUGCUUUUACAUUAUGAAAAGUGUAGGUUAAUUUCUCAAAAAUCUGUAUUUAUAUGUAUAUAAAAUGCUGUUUAAUGAAUGUAAAUAUGACUUUCUGGAAAGUUUUAGACCACAUUUAGAAUCCCUUUAUCCAAAAUCAAAAUGCUGCUCAAAUGAAAGUUAAUUGGAUCAACAUCUAGGUGCUUUAUUUUUUGCUUUACUGCACUUACAAAAGGAAAAAAGAUCAACAUGAGAAAUAGUUACCUUAAGUUUAUAUAUUUGUGCAGCAGUUUAUUUUUGUAGCCUAGAGUGGGAAUUUAACUAGCAAUUUAUAAUAGCAUUUACAGCUUUUAAAAAAUCUUUUAAAGAGAUUAAGUUUGAACUUAAAUGUUUAGGUUUGACUUUCAGACUUUAACAACACCCUUUAAAAUCACAAGUUAUAUAUUCUUUUAUUGGCAUUUAGCUACUCGCUUAUUAAAAGCACUGGUUAUUCUUUGACUUUCUUCAGAGUUAUUUAAAUUAGUCUGAGAGGAUGGGAUAUUCAUUUCAAGGAAAGAGUCAAGUUUGCCUUUGCGAUAAUAUGUUACACUAAGACAAAGAAAAUGUAGAUCUCAAAACCUGUGUUGUUCUAUUUUGCUUUCUUCUGCAUUUUAGAAGCCUGAACUCUUAAGCUCAAAUAGUGAAGGGAGAAAAAUAGAGGGGGAGUGGUAGAACCGAUCACAGUAUUUUAUUUAUUUUUCUAAAACCUGGAUUUUAAAACUUUUAAAUGUGAAUCCUUCCCAGAAGCUUCAAAUACACUGCUUAUAUAUUUAAUCAUGAGCAUAUUUUACAUAAAUAGAUCACAAAGUCAAACUUUCAGGAUAUAGGCGCUCUUACAGUCUAGUGUUUCAAUAAUGUACAAAUACCCAGGUUAUGUAUUAUUAAGAAUGAAUAAAAAGUCUACUUUAUGGUGGAUUUUAACCUGGGAAUGAAUUUGUUAGAUUUUUUUUUUUUUCCUGAGUGAAGGAAAAGAGAAAUAUGUUGCUAUUGUCAGCAUCUUAAAGGUGUUCCCCAUCAAGGCAAGGCUAAGAGCUUUGUAAUAGUAUUAAGCAAAUCUUGUUUUAAAUGGAUUACCUGUAAUGGCUCAUUGGAAUGAUAUGCAAGUAAUGCCAAAAGCCACAUCAAAGCCUAAUAACCAAAGCAUUCCAUAUUUAAAGUUUAUUAUAUCAAAUUUGGACCUAUUUGAACAUAUCAAUACUCUAAAAUAGAAAACUGUUUUAUGGUAGGGAUAGCUGUUUAAUAAAAUUAACCUUUUAUUUCUCAGUUUUGAAUGAUUUAAGUUAACUAUUAUGGGAAAACAUUUUCACACCGUGUUUUAAGGGAACACUAAUUUUGGGGGGUGGGGGCUGAGUUUAUCAAGAGGCCAUCCAUAGGAUUUUUUUGAGAGAAAAAUUAAUGUGUAUGUGUGGAUACCAACUUUGUAUAUUUUAUCUUAGCCAUUCUAAAAGGUUUUAAUGUGAGCUUAAAAUGUAAAUAAAGAGUUUUGUAAAUGUG